AUGACCCGGAUACUUUUCGGGUUCGGACUGUCCAAACCCGCAAGACCCGUAUUGGAUACAUUGGUUCAAGUCUAUCCUCCAAGCCUAUUUGUGUCUUCAUUGAUUAAAGGUUCUGACUUUCGCAUUAUAUCCUCUACUCUAAGUGCUGUUCUUGAAUGUUAUUGCCAUAAGUGUAUGUAUUUGCAAGCUUUGGAGGUUUAUAGUAAGGGAAAGGAUUAUGGAGUAAGAGUUACUAUAGAUAGUUGUAAUGCAUUGCUCAAGUUGUUAAGUGAUGAAAAUGAGAUGAGAUUGGCUUGGUGCUUUUAUGGUUCAAUGAUUAGAAAUGGGGUUUUGGAGAAUCAGUUUACCUGGUCUUUGAUUGCGAAAAUUUUAUAUACAGAUGGAAAAUUUGAGAGAAUCGCCAGGAUUUUAGACAUGAGAAUAUAUACUCCUGUGAUGUAUAAUUUGUUAAUUGAGUGUUAUGGUAAAAAAGGAGAGUUCAGAGCUGCUUUUGGUUAUCUUGAUGAAAUGUGCAAUAAAAAAAUUGAGCCUAGUUUUAGUGCUUAUAGCUCGAUUCUUGACGGGGCUUGUAAGUAUCAAGAUGCAGGAGUGAGUGAUAAAGUAUUAAAUUCUAUGGUAGAGAAGGGUUAUCUCCCGGAAUAUCUUGUUUCUGAGUAUGAUUUUAUUAUUCAGAAACUUUCUGAUUUGGGAAAUACACAUGCUGCAGAUUUCUUUUUCAAGAAGUCUUUUGAUGAGAAUAUCCAACUUCAACAUAAUACCUAUGGAUAUAUGCUUAAAUCAUUAUCCAAGGAAGGCAGGGUGAAGGAUGCAAUUGCGCUGUAUCAUAUUAUGCUGGGAAGGAAAAUUUUGGUCAAUGAGAGUUGUUAUAUUGCAUUUACAAGUGUUCUUUGCAAAGAAAGCCCAUCAGAUGAAGUUAGCAAAUUGUUAAUUGAUGUGAUAAGAAGCGGUUCCUCUCCUGCAGCAGAACUUUCUGAAUAUAUUAAUAGACAGUGUGCUAAAGGUCGAUGGGGAGAAGUAGAAGAGCUCUUGAACGAAAUGCUUGAUAGAGGGUGUUUUCUAGAUUCUUUUUCAUGUGGUUCAUUGGUGAAACAUUACUGCUUAAGCAAACAAAUCGAUUCAGCCAUAGCGUUGCAUAAUAAGUUGAAGGGAAUUGAAGGGACUUUGGAUGCAAGAGCAUAUAAUGUACUUCUCACUAGGCUCUUCGAAGAGAGAAGGGUUGAAGAAGCACUCGGGGUGUUUGAAUACAUGAGAACACAUAAAAUGUUGAGCAGUGAAAGUUUUUCACUUAUGAUAAGAGGUCUUUGUCAGGGAAGGGAAUUAAGGAAAGCCAUGAAAUUACAUGAUGAAAUGUUAGAGCUAGGACUUAAGCCUGAUGGAAGAACGUAUAAACGACUAAUUUCUGGUUUUGGAUAA